AACAGUCACUUUUUUCCGCGAUUUUUUUUAUUUAUUAUUAUAAUUAUACAAUUUGAUGGCAUUACAUGGUUUUCCGUUGUAAAUACCACUGAUAACGAGGACUACAACGAAGUCAAAGAUUCCCCUCCUGCUGUCAACAAUAUUAAAUUGGAAGCUAACUCGUACGAUGUUGUGAAUCCACUAGUGUGGUAGAAGACGCUGAGAUCAAACUGACUGAUAACAAGUUGAAUAUUUCGAAAUCCAAUUUGAAAGUGGCUUCUGAUGCAUCAAAACUCUGGACCCCAAUGAUGAUCAAUCCAUUCAAAGUCACUAAAUGUGUUGAUCUCGAAAAAAAGCCUGAGGCCAUCGAGACAAUAGAAGAGGUCAAGAAUAUAAAACAAUCAAUGACUGCCCCAGAAUCGAAGCACUCUGACUGCGAAAUUGCUCCAGAACCUCAACUUGUGCAGAAACCACAAAAAACUGAACCCUCCUCCGCGCCUGCUCUUGAAAAAGAAAAGGGGUUCAUGUGGCAAUCUUGCAAAUACUCAAAGAACUUGAUCGACAGCGCUAUGGUUAAGGUCUGCUAUGUUUGGAAUGUCAAUUUGAUCCAAAUCGUUGCUGAGGAAGACGAAGCGGACCUAAAUAACUACAUGGAUAAGAUAUAUUCUGUGAAGACCGAACCAUUGACGGGACCCCCAAUAGUUGGGGGUCUAUAUCAAAUGGUAUUGGGCAAUUAUGCCGACGGUCAAUUUUACAGAAGACGUGUUCUCAAAGUAAUGGGCGAGCUAUUUACUGUGUACUUUGUGGACUAUGGGGACAGUCGCGAUAUUCCUUACACAGAUAUGUUGAAUGUGAAUGAAUUUCUCAUGAAGACCCGAUCUACAGUGCUCGUGUCAUUCUUGACGCUACUCCCACGUUGAUUUCUCACAUCAAACCUGACAAGGACUUAUAGUUAGAGAAAGCGCUGUUCAGCCCACUGCAAUUGCAAAUGGUCGAUAGGAUUAUUUUGAGUGCCUCUGAUCCUUACAAAAUUGUUCUUUGGAUGUCAGAAUCUGAGAAUUUGAACGAUCUUGCUGGUGCUUUCAUUCAGGAGAACGAUGCAAAAUGAAGUCACAGCUAAUGCCUACAAACUGUUUUUUUUCUUUGUCAAACACAGUUGUACGUUUACAUAAACAGAAAUGUAUGCAUCUAAUAAAUCAGCGACAAUUACAUCGAUAA